CCCAACGGGGGAAAACGAGAGAAAAGGGCCACCGCUGAGACAGUCCCGCGGGCUCGCGAGGGAGGCGAACGGACCGGAGAGGGGAGACCCCUGGGAGCGCCCGGCACCCCGCCAGCAUGUGCGAGCUAUACAGCAAGCAAGACACCCUGGCGCUGAGGAGGAAGCACAUCGCGCCCUCCUGCAAAGUUUUCUUUGCUGCGGAUCCCAUCAAAAUAGUGCGAGCCCAGGGGCAGUACAUGUUUGACGAGAAAGGUGAACAGUACUUGGAUUGCAUCAACAACGUAGCCCACGUGGGACACUGCCACCCAGAAGUGGUCAAAGCUGCCCAGAAACAGAUGGAACUACUAAAUACAAAUUCUCGAUUCCUCCACGACAACAUUGUUGAGUAUGCCAAGCGCCUGUCAGCAACCCUGCCGGACAGACUCUCUGUGUGCUAUUUUACAAAUUCAGGAUCUGAAGCCAAUGACUUAGCCUUACGCCUGGCUCGGCAGUUCAGAGGCCACCAAGACGUGAUCACUCUUGACCAUGCUUACCAUGGUCACCUAUCAUCUUUAAUUGAGAUCAGUCCAUAUAAAUUUCAAAAGGGCAAAGAUGUCAAGAAAGAAUUUGUGCAUGUGGCACCAGCUCCAGAUACUUACAGAGGAAAAUACAGAGAAGACCAUACAGACCCGGCCAGUGCUUAUGCCGACGAAGUGAAGAAAAUUAUUGACGAAACUCAUAACAGUGGAAGGAAGAUUGCUGCCUUUAUUGCUGAAUCCAUGCAGAGUUGUGGCGGACAAAUAAUUCCUCCAGCAGGCUACUUCCAGAAAGUGGCAGAAUAUGUACACGGAGCAGGAGGUGUGUUUAUAGCUGAUGAAGUUCAAGUAGGCUUUGGCCGAGUUGGGACACAUUUCUGGAGCUUCCAAAUGUUUGGUGAAGAUUUCGUUCCAGACAUCGUCACAAUGGGAAAACCAAUGGGCAAUGGCCACCCAGUGGCAUGCGUGGUAACAACCAAAGAAAUCGCAGAAGCCUUCAGCAGCUCUGGGAUGGAAUAUUUCAAUACGUAUGGAGGAAAUCCAGUAUCCUCUGCUGUUGGUUUGGCCAUCCUGGAUGUAAUUGAAAAUGAAGACCUUCAGGGAAAUGCCACAAGAGUAGGGAAUUAUCUUACCAAGUUACUGAACAAGCAGAAGGCUAAACAUACUUUGAUAGGAGAUAUCAGGGGCGUUGGCCUUUUUAUUGGAAUUGACUUAGUGAAGGACCAUCAGGAAAGGACCCCCGCCACAGCUGAAGCUCAGCACAUCAUCUACAAGAUGAAAGAAAAGCGAGUGCUUCUCAGUGCCGAUGGACCUCACAGGAAUGUGCUUAAAAUAAAACCACCUAUGUGCUUCACUGAAGAAGAUGCCAAGUUUAUGGUGGACCAGCUGGAUGAGAUUCUAACAGGUUUAGAAGAAGCUGUCGGAGCCAAAACUGAGAGUGUGAUCUCUGAGAAUACUCCGCGCAGAACCAAGAUGCCUGAGGAAGCCCACUCGGAAUCGCUCAGUGACGGCAGCCCGGACCCCAAAGAAAAUCCCAGCCUAAAAAGAAAUGGAUUGUGCACAGAUAAACAUUCACUGCUCAGUAAGAGGCUCAAGACAUGAGAGACGAGCAUUUUACAGCAAGGUAAAUGUCCGGAGUUACACAGAAUGAAUGGAAGUGUCCCUUCUGUUAAAGCUCUAUUAUACCCGCCAAAGGAAGACUCUGCAUUCCAUUCAGAGGUAUAAAUAAAGUAAAUGAGUAAUAAGAAAAAUCCAAGUGAUAAUCAAACCCUGUCAAGAUUUAGCCUCUAGCCUGUUAAUUCCUUACUUGAGAUUUCUGAAAGUACUUCAUUUAUUCUACUCAAUUUCAGCUUCAAAUGGAAUAUUUAUUAAGUUGGAAGUUUUACGUCUCAUGUUUUAAUAUUUGACACGACAGAGCAAAGUACAGUAGUAGGUUCCUGAACUUUGGAGACUAUGAAUUCUUUAAUGAUUUAAUUUGUAUAUAUUUAUGGACUAUAAUAAAAUAAAAGGUGAUGUAAACCAAAAAA